GUAACACGUAAAUAAGUCCCCCCUCUGAGAAGUUAUGUAGUCGGUUGUCUAAUACAUCUUCAGUCUGUCUUUCACUGUUUUGAGUCAGAAUGGCCUCUUUUAAAGCCGCUUUGGUUUAUUCCAGUAGGCUGCUAACGACGCUGAAAAAGCAGGUACGUAUUUCGUGUAUUUAUACUGAAUUAACUUCACUGAAACUUGUGAAAGUCACUGUUAUGGUGUCACAAUCUGAGCUGCUGUUCUGUCAUUUCAGACUCAUGUUAUUCAGAUGAAGAGGACUCUGUUCCUGCCCAGACUCGUAUUCUUCAAACAAGCGGACGGUAAAUGAUAUAUUGAUGUUAUUGAACUGCAUAAUUUGAUUUGAAAUUCUUUAAUGUCAUCUAAGGGCAAUUUGGUUUGCAACAGAGGAUAAACACACACAAUUCUCACAUCACAGAAAGAAAGCAUACAGCAGAAAUAAUAUUAAUAAAUACAUGUGAAUACACAGAGUCAGCACAAUUUCAUGGUUGCAUUGUUCCCAUCAAUCUCACCAUCAGCUUAUUAAAAAAACCAAUGACUGUUGGGGCGAAGGAUUUGAGAUACCUGUUUGAUUUGGCUUCGCAAGUAAAAGUGAACCUUCUCUUUGACGAGAGAAGCUGAAAUUCUGUAUGGAGAGGGUGGAAGGGGUUUGCCAGAAUGACCUUUAGCCUUCUGAGUGACUGGAUUUAAAAACGGAGUCAAGAUCAGUAAGACUCAUGCCAGUAGCUUUUUGGCAAAGUUUCACAAUGUUCCUCAUCUUAUUUUUAUUUGCAAUACUGAGAUUAACAAAGCAACAUAUCAUAGAAAAGGUAAAAUGGACUCAAUAAAAGGAGAGUAAAACAUUUUAAGAAGCUUUUUGUCAACAUUGAAACACCUUAAUUUCCUCAGAUAAAAUAACCUGAUUUGAGCUCCUGUAAAAGCGCUAUACAAAUAAAAUGCAUUAUUAUCAUUAUUAUUAUUAUUAUUAUUUGCCUUUCGGCAGAUGGCAUCUAAGUUGGUCUCAAAUGACAGUUUGUCAUCCAGGAUGGUGCCUGGGUAUUUGUGCUGACUGACUACUUCCACAGCUUUACCAUUAACAAAGGUUUGGGCUGUGGCAGGUUGAUUCUUACGGAAAUCAAGAAUCAUGUCUUUCGUUUUUGACAUGUUCAUCUGCAAAAAAGAAUCAUUACACCAUCUAACAAAAUAGUCAAGCACAGGACCAUGUCCAUCCUCAUGAUCUUGCAGAAAGCUUAUGAGCACCGAAUCAUCUCCAAAUUUAAUGAUGAACCCCGAUUUGAACAUACUCUGACAGUCAUUAGUGUAAAGCAUGAACAAUAAAGGUGACAAAACACACCCCUGAGGUGAGCCUGUGGAGCACAGCAGGGUCUCAGACAGUCUUCCACUGACACGAGUUCUUUGCGGUCUUGUUAGAAAAUAAAUCAAUAAUAGCAAAAAUUGAGUUCAGUUUCUAUUAUUAGAGUUACUUUUUGAGGGAGUUUACUAAUUUUUAUGAAAUGACCACAGUUUGGUCAUUAACUGACAAUGAAAGUAGUUUUAUGAGGUAAAAAUGUAGAUGAGACAAUAUAUUGAUUAAAAAAAAUACAUUUGAGCCCAAAGAUAACACCUUUUCUCUUUUGGUUUACGGUUGUUGAUUUGUAAGGCAAGACAAACAAAUUUAAAAAUCAUUAAAAUAUUCCAGAGUGGAUUUAACUUAUUUUCCCUCAAGGCUGUAUUUACCCUAGAACACUAUCACUAAAAUUAGUAACACCAUCACUAUCGCUGGGUGAUUUUUACCCGAGAUAAUAUACCCAAGAAAAAGUACUUGUCAUCAAAAUAUAUCACAAUAGGACAAUAUAUGACAAAUUAAAGUAGUUUAUACUCGGACAAACGCAAAAUAAUGAAAAUCUCGUAAACCUGUUUGGUCGGGUGAAAAUCACUCGGCGAUAGUGUUCGAGAGUUAAUGUGCUUUAUUUUUAUAACUUUUUUUCAAGAUCCAAUUCGAGCAUUAGAAGUUGUCUUUCAAAAAUUACAAUUUGCUUAAAUGUGAUUUGGAAAUUUGGCCAUCUGUUUUAAUAAAUAUGUUUUUUUUCUUUUUUUUAAUUGAAAAUAUCCCACUCUUACGGAGUCCAGGCAGGUUUGUUCCCUUCGUCCGACAGUGCAGCUCCACAGCAGCCGGAGCAGAAAAAGGAGAAGACUCCUUCCUCAAAUGGUUUCUGCUGCUCAUCCCAGCCACCACCUUUGGCCUUGGGACAUGGCAGGUAUGGUGUUUUUUACUCAGAGUUAUCACACUUAUAAACCAGCCUUUAGAUAUUGGUGGACUGACCAGGGUGCUUUUGUCUCCUUGAAGGUGAAACGGCGACAGUGGAAAUUGCAGCUGAUUGAUGACCUUAGAAAACUCACAACGGCAGAACCCAUUCCUCUUCCUAUUGAGUGAGUUUACUAAAUUCAGAGGCAGAUUUUACAUUUUUAGUUUCAAACAUGCAUUUAUUCAAAAGAGGUAGACUCAGAUGAAUUAAUAAAAACCUCUGCCCUCGUGAUUUAAGGUAGCACAUGCUUUUGACCUCCACAAAAAUGCUUUACCCAUUUCUCCCAACUACAUGCUGACAUGUUUGUUUUUCUUAGUCCCCAUGAGCUGAACAGCUUAGAGUACAGGAGGGUCAGAGUGCGUGGACAAUACGACCACUCACAGGAGCUGUACAUCCUGCCUCGGUCUCCUGUUGACCCCGAGAAAGAGGCCAGAGAAGCUGGCAGGCUGUCUUCAAGUGGAGAGACCGGCGCCAAUGUCAUCACGCCAUUCUACUGCACUGACCUCGGGUACACUUUGCUGAUUUACAGGGAUAUUCCAGUGUAAAAUUAAUUUAGGGUCAAACACACCGUAACACCGAGUUAACAAAAACAUUAAUGAUCAUUUCUUUAUCAUUUCCUUGUAGUAAUAAUCACCCUAUUAAUCAUUUUGCACUGCAGACACGGUAGUUCUUCUGCCUUAACAUCUCGGUCUGAUUGCAUUUCCAUGAAAAAAUUAUCAUAAAUGUUCUUCCUUGAGCUGCAUCACCCCGCUAUAGUCUGUAAUGGACUGGCUCGAGGUCUUGCUACAAACAAGCGGCUGCUGGAAGAGAGUAGGUAAGUUGUGUUUAGUCUCUUUGCUAAAGAAAUUAGGCAAAGUUAAAAAGAUGUUUGGUGGCUAGUACUAUGGCUGGGACCCUAUAUGUACUGUUGAUGAAGUUAGGAGCUGUUCUGAGCAUUAUUUGUGGCUAUAGAGUGGCGUUUUGGUUGAGGUUUGUUUAUGACUGCUGUGUAUUGCUAAUGUGCGGUCAAUGCUGAAGUUGGUAUAACUAGAAAAGCAAGCAGUCAGCCACAUUAAUCUCUCGGGGGGGUUGUCUAACUUUGUGUUACGGUGUGUUUGACCCUAGAUUAAUUUUACGCCGGAAUAUCCCUUUAAACCUUUAAUUGCUGGAUAGUUACUGGUUGGUGUUACAUCUUGUAACCAACUUUCACUGAUUUCUGCUGCGUUCACCUCUAGCAUCACAAUCCUGGUGAACAGAGGAUACGUCCCAAAACAGAAGAUAAGGCCAGAGACCAGGCUGAAGGGACAGGUUAGUUUUUCAGAUCAUGUGACACAUCAGGGCAUUUUGACCGAAAGAUCUUCAGUGGUUACAAGUGACGGCCUCAUAAAACCUAGUCUUAAAAAAAACUCAAACUACCCCCUGAAGUUUUCCCCUCUUAGUCUUACAUUUUACUCUGCAGUCUGAAGUUGGUUAUAAAAAACUGUGAUGUUUCCUCUGUGAAGGUGGAGGGUGAGAUGGAGGUGGUCGGGGUCGUCAGGUUGACAGAACAACGUAAACCUUUCGUACCAAACAACGAUGUGGAGAGAAACCGCUGGCAUUACCGAGACCUGGAGGCCAUGUCUGCUGUCACAGGAGCUGAACCCAUCUUCAUCGAUGCAGACUUCAGUAUGGUUACACAUCUAUCUAGUCCAUGAUUAUCUCUCCAUUUUAGUGAAGAUUAGAUUAAAUAAAGUAUGUCAUGAUUAUUGUUCUACAGUUAAAGCUUCUGUUACACCUACAGAUAUUACUGUGUAGAAAUAAAUCUAAUCUGAGUGUCUCAUGAUGCAGGGAGCACUAUUCCUGGUGGACCAAUAGGUGGACAGACGAGAGUCACGCUGAGGAAUGAGCACAUGCAGUACAUAAUAACAUGGUGGGUUUGGAUGAUGUUUUCUAUAAGUGUCACACUUUGCUGUGAUUCACUUUUUCAAGAUAUCUAAAUGAGUCUUCUCUUUUCCUCCUUAGGUAUGGUUUGUGUGCAGCCACCUCAUACAUGUGGUUUGCAAAGUUCAUCAAGAGAAUUGUCUGAUGUGACCGAACCGAGAUGUCACAAGCAACUUCUAUUCUUAAUGUACAAUGUAAUCUUGUUUACUGCAUAAACAAAAGUGUAAAUAGCUGUGGAUUCUCUAGAAACAUAUGAAUAAAUUAAUACUGUUUCUGCUCUUGAA